CUCGGCAGCUCGGCACAAGGGCAGGACCGCAUCCCGGAGCUGCCUGAAGCAGCUAGCUCUUUAUUCAGACCUAACCAUUGCUUAUUUGGUUAAUACACCAAAGAGAGUAUCUCGGAGCAUUGCUAUCGAGGUUACUCCACAGCCUCAGCUGGAAAUCUGAGUCUGAAUCGGGAGGCAAGUCAUCUCAGAGAGGCUGCCGACACCACGGAGAAAGUGACGGACGGAGCAGAGCCUCAUCACCGGGAUUUUACAUCGCGUCACUUAAGGAUAUUCCAGGCAGCUGCUUUGGCCCAGCCAAAGGGUACCUUCACACACUAUUGCUUAGAUAAUAUUACUAACAUUCGCAUGAUACAUUUCACCUAAGGUCGUCUAUAGUGAGCAGGCGGACCACAUUAAACCCAUGCGUAACAGCGGUGGAUUUGGGAAUACUGCGUAGCAGUUCAACCAUCCAGUCUUUCGAUUGUCACUUCUGUUAUUUGGAGGUAUUUACAAGCGAAAGGAAGAGCAACCAGGACCUUUUACUUUGUUCCGGAGGCUAAACCUUGAAAACCCGAAGCGCACUUGGUGCGCAAUCCUUCCGAAGACGCUCCUGAAAUUGCCGACCUGCGCUUUUGCCCUCGCCAAAAAUUGGCAGUCAAAUCGAGAGAAAAGGCAAAUCUUAUUAACUUCGCAUGCUAGAGGCUAGUGUGGAAUCUAAUUCGCACGGCUACCGGUAUAUUUGCAUACAAUUGGAAGAGGAGGAUAAACUUAAUCAACAUUUGACAUCGACUUAAGCGGCUGCUGGAUUUUGGAGAACAGAAUGAAUCCUUUUUAAUUUGGACCACAGAAGUAUGAGGCAGAUUGCUCAGUGAAUGCUACAAUCUGCAUGGAGUUCUAGUCUGCACUACGGAGCAAUUUAUGGUUUGCCGCAGAACUCCCCCGGCUAUAGUACUGUGCCCACCUCGCCAUGCUGGCCUGUCUGCAGAGGAGGCAAAACCCUCCACCCCAGCACCCGGUGUGUGCCAGCAAGACCCUGGAGCCCCCGCAAGCCCUUGGACGGAAAUGUGAGCUGGUGGUGCCCACACAUUCCCCACGCUACCCCACUGCAGCAGAACUUAAUGCUUUCGCUCAGAAAACGGCCAACAGCCCUCUGUCCAUCAAGAUCUUCCCCACCAACAUCAGGGUUCCUCAGCACAAGCACCUUAAUCGGACUGUGAAUGGAUUUGACACCACAGGGCAACGCUACAGUCCCUAUACCCACACAGGGGGCAACCAGGGCCUGCUCGCUAUCGUCAAGACCUCCUCAUCAUCAUCAUUAUCAACAGCCACCUUUGGCCCUUCAAAAGGUGUUCUCAAGAACUCCGAAGGCAGACGGACUAAGCUCUCUCCAGCCCACAUAGCUGUCGCCCCAUACCCUCCCCCUAGUAGUAGCACUUUAGCCAGUGGCCGCGGCCAAAUGGUAUACCACACUGGGCCAUCAAAGCCUCCAGAAGGCCCCGUACUGUCAGUUCCCCCAAAUGUCACUGUAGCUGGCUCAGUGAUUCCUGUAACAGGGGGCCGAGGCUUGGCCCUGCCCGCACAGUCCAACCUCCCCUCCAUCCAGAGCAUCAUCUACCAGAUCAACCAGCAUUGCCAGGCCCAGGCUCUGCAGCAGGUGUGCCAGGGGGCUGCCGCUGCACCGUCAAAUUCCAGCCCCUCCAAGCAGGGCACAACUGUCAUGGGGGUCUCAUCUAGCUCCUCAGGAGGAGGCUACGUAGUAGGAAUGGGUUCCCAGGCUAAUAUGGUAUACACAGGGCCUGGGCUGUCGGCUCAAAAUGCAGAGGCAAUGAAGUCUGGUGUGUACGCAGAUAGUAUGGACUACAUUCUUUGGCAGAAGCAGCAGCAACAACAACAGCAGCAGCAGCAGCAGCAGCAGCAGCAUCAUCAUCAACAGGCUGUGCUCCGCAUGUACAGCGGAGGUAGCGGAGGAGGGGGCGCCAUCAGCAAGUCCCCUGAAACUUGUGUUCCGGGGGGAGGGAUUAUGGCGGCACAAAUGUCCUCCUCUUCCUCCAGACCUUACCACCUGACAGCGAGUGCCAGCGGAGGAGGCGGGAUGGACAAAGUCAGCUCAUCCCCUUUGAACUGUGUGGGUAUGCAUGGAAAUUUCUCAGUGGGUCAAUACUUUGCCCCUCCGUGGAACAGUGUGUUGGUGACACCUGACAGUGACUGCUACAAUCCCCAGGAGCUUUUGGCCACCUCCACAGGAGGGCCGGUCACGGGGCACAGAGAGAUGGGCUACCCCCACCACCAUCACCACUACCACCAUCAUCAUCACCCUGCUAUAGACAGUGGGGGAGGCUUAUGCUGCAGCCUGCCCAGCAAGAGCUUGUGCAACACAUCAGUGCUGAGCAGCAGCUUGCAGUCUCUGGAGUACCUGAUCAACGAAAUCCACCCACCCUGCAUCAAGGAGCAGAUGCUUGGCAAAGGCUACGAGACUGUGUCUGUGCCACGUCUGUUAGACCACCAGCAUGCACACAUCCGCCUCCCUGUUUACAGAUAGAGGGGGAAGUAGAGGAGGAAGAGAAUCAAGAGUUUUGAAUUUGUGAAGAAAAUCAAAGUUAAAGAACAGAGAUGUUUUUUUAUGGGAACAGAUUGUUGUGAGUGGCACUGCUUUAACUAGUGUGGGAGCUUAUAGAAGAGCGGUUGUUGUGCUAUGUGACCCUAGGUUUGGUGGUUUCAAGGCACGCUGUGGCAAUCCCCAUAUGAAAGGUGGUAGUGAUUGCCAAUGGGAGAGAAAAAGGGAUUUCAAGAUUCUCCAGAUGUUCCAUUGUGUGGUUUGCAAAUAGGAAUUUUGGAUUGAUUUAUUUUUUCUUCGUUUUUUUUUUUUUUUUGCUGUUGUUUUACUUGCCUGAACUUAGUGAGGAGAAUUAUAACUUGACAUGAAGUGCAUAUGGCACUUGUAUCCACCUUCCAAAUACUAAGGAUGAAGCUACUGUGUAGGUUGUCACUGAAAGGGUCUUAAAAGGGCCGACGUUUAGGGCUGCUUUCAAAAUCCAAAACUCUGUAACAAUACACAAAUAAACACACACAUAGACAAACACAUACAGAUACACAAUGUAUACACAAUAAUACUCGGGUGUGUAUGUACAAGGAUCAUAAGGUUGAAUUAAAAGGAUAGUACAAUAUUAGUUAUGAUUGCUGUUAUAAUUGAUACAUAAAUUGCACUGCUUGAAUCUUGUUAACUUUGAAGUUUGGAAUUGGGUAGAUUGGAUAUGAUAUAUUUAAGAAACUUGAAAAACUUGAACCUAUUUUUUGUUGUUUUAUAUAUUUGUAGGUAUAUUAUAUGCAUUGGCUGCUAUGGGGAAAAGUUUCUCAAAUGCUUUUUUCAUUUUUUUUUUCCACUUUUGUUUUUAUGAUUUACUAAUUCCUCCUCAAGCUGAUGUGCAGUUUCUUAUGUCCUGGUGUGAGGCAUAGUCGCUGCUUUGGUUCUGUAAGAACCUGGUCGGAGAGCUCUUUUUCCUAACCAACACUGGAAUCUACAAUAAAUCUUGAAAUACUUAUUUAAAAAAGAAAAUGUCGCAAAAAAAAACAACCAUGAAAAAGAAAUGUUACAAUGAAGAAUGUGAUUGGGAGGUUAUUUACAUAACCUUACAUGUAUGUUUAUGCGUGUAUGUGGCUGGGUGCAUGCGCGUGUGUGCAUUUUAGUUUGUGUUUAUCAAAAUCCUCAGACUUUUUUUUUUGUAAUUGUGUCAUUAUAAGAAUACUACCAUCAAGACUGAAAAACUGAUUAACCAGUCCCAUCAACAUCAUAUCUGAGUAAUGUACAGGAGAUAUUUUGCAAAUCUCGCUCCCUUUUCUCAGAGGCUUUAGAUAUUCUCUGGAGCUAGAGUAGAGAUCAAGUUCUCACGUGACUCCUUUCUACCUGUAGUUACAGUGCUACAUCCCUUCUGUCAAAUGUUAUCAUUAUGACAGAAAGACAUGGGGACAAACGGAAGUUUGGGGGUACUAUUCACCUCUGAUCCUGCAAACAUACAAAAUGGAAACAAUCAUGCCCUGUCCUCUGGUAUCAGAUGAAAUGAGACGAGGCUCACUGCUUUGCCUUGUCCUUUUCAGCCCCUGGUUGGGAUACAUUUAGCCAGGGCCAGUCUUAAAUCGAUGAUUCAGAGCAGUGAAAUAUUUAUUAUGACUGUGAGAUUCUCUUGAAUGUACUGCACUUAAAUUACUGCGAUGUUUUAUUGCCUUGUGGGACCCAAGUGAAAGAGAAAAAUUGGAUCAGUGCAGCAGUCCUCUGGUCUUAAAUUAGCAUUUCUUUUGUCCGUCAAAUUUCAAUGGUAAAUUGAAUUUAGUAACUGGAGAGAAGGAGCCGGAGCUUUGUUGUGGGGAAAUACUGGCAUCAGUCUAGAUUUAUGAAGUGCAAUUAUUAUGACUGUAUUAACAUUUUUCUCUGAGCUUACACCAAAAAAAUGUAAACUACAGUUGUCAAUACAUUCCCAAUGUACCACAUCCCUAAUCCCUAUCCUUUUUUUGUUUUGAGGUGUAAAAUAAAUUUCUUUAAGAAUAUA